CACUCGAGUCAAAGCGAGAAUAAAGUGCAUGACCUGCUGCCUCUAAGUGCUUCCUGUGAAUGGCCUUCCCAGCCAGGCGACAGCACAUACGCUAGCAGUUUCUGGUAUAGCUUUUGCGUUUAGAUAGCUUCGCGGUGUGAGCUUAACUGAGUGGGUGUGACUGAACCGUGUAAUAGCGGCGAAGGCAUGGCGCGCGAUAGGAGUGUGAGCGUGGAGCCCAACGAUGACGACCACGUUCCUCCGCCGCCCACGGCUCACUCGUCAUUCCGCAAUCAAUUCCGAGAGGUGCCGGCGAAUCCACCUCCUUUUGCGAAUGCCCGCUCGCUGCCGUCGUCGUCGUCGGUGCCGUCCAGCAGCGCGCGCUACAUCCGCUCCACCACCACGCCGCCGCAGCGCCGAUUCAAGGCCGCGCAGCAAUCACCAGCCAGGGGGAGCGAUCACAGCAGCGGCGGCGGCGGCGGAGGCGGCGGCGGCGGCAGCAGCAGCCCGGAUGCGCAGGCGCGGGAGGUGCGGGGCAAGCCGGGCCCGGGUGAGAAUGGCGGGAGCAGGAGGAUAGAGGGGAGCGAAGGGGGGAGCAGGGCGCAAGAGGGUGCUGGCGGGGGUGGCGCGCAGGACACGGCGGCGGCGGCGGGGGCGGGGGUGGCGCGGGAGGUGGUGUUUGUGAAGGGCAACGUGGCGGUGCACCCGUCGGCGUCGUCCAGCAAGAAGAUCGCGGGGCAGCUCCGGCUCGUCAAGCACGGCGCCGACGUCUUCCUCAACUGGAUUCCGUACGAGCCCUCCUCACCUGCCGGCACACCCACAGGCAUAGCGCGCGGCAGUCUGCUCUACUCCAUCCGCUCCGUGGCGGUGUCGGAGAUGCGGUCCAUCCGCCGCCACACACCACCCUUCGGCUGGCACUACAUCAUCAUCGUGCUCACCUCAGGCGUGGCGUUCCCGCCGCUGUACUUCUACGACGGGGGGGUGAAGGAGUUUCUGCACGUGCUCAAGCAGCACGCCAUGCUCGUGCGCUCGCUGGACGACCCCAACGUGUACAACGUCAACGAGUCCUUCGACCUGCUGCAGAGGAGUCUGGCGCAGCUGCACCUGUGGGACCCGCCCACCACCGAGCCCUCCGAGCCCCCUGCCUCCGCCAAUUUCCGCUCCGUGUCGCUCCCCGCCGCCCGCCGCCACGCCGCGCCCUUCCGCCCCUCCGCUGCCGCUGGCCCGCCCUCUGCUGCCGCUGCUCCUGGCGCUGGGGAUGGGGGGAGAAGGGGCGCAGUGGGGCCAGCAGGGUACCGCGUGGGCGAGCGCAGUGCGUCUGCCGGGGGGCAGCUGGGGGGCCGGGCGCUGGGCAGUGUGAGCGAGGAGGGCGAGGAGGGCGAGGAGCCGCGGCUGGUGCCGCGGAACAAGCUGCCCCCGUCGCUGCACGCCCUGCGCAGCGCAACGCUCAAGCGCACUGCUGCUGGCACGCGGGAGACGGGAGGAGAGGGCGGAGUGAAGGAAGGCGAGGGGGGAGGGGCUAGGGGGGAGAAGGUUGUAGGGGAUGGGGGGGGGGAGGAGGGGGAGCAGCAGGAGUACCCGAGCGAGGAGGAGAUGCUGCGCAUGCUGGAGGCCGCCCACGAGCUGGCCAGGCAGCAGGCAGCCAGGAAGAGCGCGGAGGGUAGGGAGGGGGCAGGGGAGGGGGGCAGUGAGGAGCAGCCUUCGGAAGCGGAGAUGCUGCGGAUUCUGGAGGCGGCGAAUGAGAGGGCCAUGCAAGACGCAGCGAGGAGGCGAGGACACCAGCACAGGGAGCAGCAGCAACGCGUGCAGCGGCAGCAGCCUGCUGACGUGGCGAAGGACAUCUCGAUGCAGGUGCUGGGGGGCUUCUCCGCCGUGACUCGCCUAGCGCGCGGCAUGCUGGCCGCCGCACCCGCUGCUGUGGGGGAGGCCAUAGGCGGCAUGGGCGGCAUGGGGGGUUACGAGGGGCGGCUGCUGGGCGGCAGGGACGCGGAGGAGCGCAUGCCCGCUGCUGAUGCGUGGGGGGGGGCGUGGGGGGGGGACAGGGAGUGGCAAGAGGAUGACGAGGCGGAGGUGGAGGCGGAGGAAGGGGAGGGCGAGGGCAGCUUGAGUCGCCUGAGCACCAUCAAGGGCAGUGCGGGCGAGAGCACGGAGGUGGGCGAGUUCGAGCUGCUGGACGACUUCCAGGACAACUCCUCGUCGCUCGUGCCUGCUCGCCCGCUGCUGCCGCCACUCUCUCCUGAGGAGUGGCUGGGGUACCAGGACAGCGAGGGGCGCAUCAGCGAGGCCAACCGCGAUGCCGUGCUGCGCCGCGUCUUCUACAGCGGGGUGCAGCCCGCGCUCCGUGCACAGGUGUGGCCGCGGUUGCUGGGCUACGUGCCGUGGGAUGCGAGCCACGAGGAGCAGGCGGCGCUGCGGCAGCAGCAGAGCACCGGGUACAAGGCGCUGCUGCAGCAGUGGCAGUCCAUCAGCGAGCAGCAGGCGCGGCGCUUCACCAAGUACCGCGAGCGCUGCAGCCGCAUCGACAAGGACGUGGUGCGCACGGACCGGCAUUUGCCCUUCUUUGCGGGCGAGGGCAACGGGAAUCUGCAGCGCCUGCGCCGCAUCCUCGUCACCUACUCCUUCUACAACUUCGACCUCGGCUACUGCCAGGGCAUGGGCGACCUGUUGGCGCCGCUGAUGAUGGUGGUAGAGGAGGAGGAGGAGAGCUUCUGGGCGUUCACGGUGUUCAUGGACGCCAUGGCGCCCAACUUCCACCGCGACCAGAGCGGCAUGCACGCCCAGCUCUGCGCGCUCUCCAAGCUGAUGCGGCUGCUGGACCCGCCACUGUACGAGUACCUGGAGUCGGUGGACUGCCUCAACUUCUUCUUCUGCUUCCGAUGGAUCCUUGUGCGCUUCAAGCGGGAGUUUGAGUUUGAGGGCACGUGUCGGCUGUGGGAGGCGCUGUGGAGCUGCCACCUGUCGGAGCACUUCCACCUGUUCGUGGCCGCCGCCGUGCUCAAGCGCCACCGCCGCCGCAUCAUGGACGAGCAGAUGGAGUUUGAUUCGCUCCUCAAGUUUGCCAACGACCUCAGUUGCCACAUCGACCUCAACGCUGCUCUCAGGGAUGCGGAGGCACUGUGUGUCAUGUCGGGGGAGAGAGGGCAAGCGUGCAUGCCUGUGCCACCGCCACCGCUGGAAGAGAUGUUUGAGGGGCCUGAGACAGGCGAAGAGGAACUGGAUGAUUGAGCGAGCGCUACUUGAGUUGUCAUGUGGAGUGUGAUUGUACAUAAGCUUGUCAUUGUGUUGGUGGUUUGAGCCCGACAGUGCUAUGUUUAGAUCGAGUGCACAUCUCAUGAUAUGGGAUUUUUCUUAUAAAGGAAUAACUGUUCAUGUAGAUUCAUAUGCUGGGAGUGAUAAUGAUAACUAAGGCGGAGCUAGGAUAGUUGGUUUAAAUAUUUUGAAGAUGUUAAACAUUGACACUAA